AUGGCACCGGGAAGAGAUAGAAUCAGUCAACUUCCGACGGACAUACUUGACCACAUUUUGGGAUUGCUGCCAAUUAAAAAUGCUGCUAAAACUGCUGUUUUAUCAUCUAUUUGGAGAGGUGCUUGGUCUAGUCUUACACAACUGAACUUUGAUGAUGACUUCUUUUGUCACAUUGAUAGGAAAUAUCACCGUGUUAAAAAAUCUAACAAGGAAUAUGCCCCAAGUUUGUAUGUGAUCAACAAAGUUCUACUGCAGCACAAUGGAACUAUUCGAAAAUUAAUUCUCAACUUUUCUAAUGUUGGGAAACUUACAUAUAGGUAUCGGUCUUUUGACUUUGAUCAAUGGUUACUUUUAGUCACAAAGAAAGGUGUUGAAGAAAUGUACAUUGGGGUCAAUGAAAAGGCAUAUAAGUUGCCAUCCUGCAUAUUUUCUUGUUUAACCCUCAAGAGAUUGCAUAUGUAUGGUGUCAUUAUUGGACCGGUGGAUUUACCUCGCAUAUUACCAAAUGUUGAUUCACUUUGUUUUGAGCACGUUGACUUCGGUCCUAAAAAUCUCCUACGUCGUGCGGUUGAUGUUCCUGUUCUUGAGAAUCUGUCGUUUCUCAGCUGUCAAAACAUAUUUUAUUUUAACCUUACUGCUCCAAAGUUGUGUGGUCUAACAAUCAAAUGUUGCUCCUCUAAUGUGCCUGAUAAAUUUCUCCCAGUUAACUUGGAUUUAAAAUCUUUUUUGACUCUUGAAUUGGAAGGUUCUCUCCAGGAAUUUGGUAAAGAGUUCACUAAGUUGGGAUUCCAACUAAAUGUGGAAUACCUUAAGCUGUCAUGUUUCUCUCACAAAAGUGAUGUUAGAACUUCUGCAUUUGUUAAUUUGUUGCAAUUAUGCCCCAAGCUAUGCAAACUCGAGAUAAAUUUAUCCCAGCUUGAGGUGGUGACCAUGGGUUGUGUUGAUGCAUGGUUGGAAGUUUUGGAAAAACUUCAUUCUGCAGCUCAAAUAAAUAAAAUGCUUCAAACUUUGAAGGUUACCUCAUUUAGUGGGUCAAAAACUCAAAUCCUUUUCAUCCGGAAGCUACUUGCCAGCUUUUCAACACUGAAGAAGGUUAUCAUUGUUCAUAUGCAUUACGGCCUCAAGGAGGAGAAUAGAAUUACGAAGGAGCUUUUGCAUUUUCAUGGUACCUCUAUAAAAGCAGAAAUUAUUUUUGUUUAA